AUGGAUUCCAGCAGGCUGGAGCAGGAACUGCAGUGGAUGGAGCUGAUUUGGGAGGCGGCCCCGGCAGACAAGACAGAGAAACCUCUUACCUCCCAAGCCUGGAGUACUCUGUUCCAGGGAGUGUGGCAGGGUGCUCCCAGCCUGGUGAUACAGCUGCUGAGGCAAGGUGCCAGUGUGGAGGAGAGGGAUCACGCAGGUCGGACUCCGCUCCAUCUGGCUGUGAUGCGAGGCCACGUGCCCCUUGUACGCCUACUGUUGCAGCGUGGGUCCCUGGCAGGCGCAGUUGAUCACACAGGGCGCACACCGUUGCACGAGGCUGCUUGGCACGGACACUCAAAGAUGGCGGAACUAUUGCUGCAGCGUGGGGCCUCAGCGGUGGCAUGCUCUCAAACGGGUCUCACGCCCCUCCACUGGGCAGCUGCGCUGGGACACACGCUACUGGUUACAAGCCUUCUGGCCGCACCAGGUUCAGACCCUGCCAUGAAGGACUUAAGAGGUUGGACCGCCACCCACUGGGCUGCGGCAUGCGGGCGACUGCCUAUACUAGAGCUGUUGACUGUUGGAGGCAGCCUAGACCUGGACAGCGCCCUGCUGGUGUCAGCGGUAGCUGGAAGUGCAUCAACCUUGCGGCUUCUCCUGGCACUGGGGGCAAAGGUGGAUGCCCUGGACAGCACGGGAGUCACCGCGCUUGGCCUGGCAGCUGGCCUAGGCCACCACCAAGAUGUGGCGGUUCUGCUGGACCAUGGGGCAGACCUACGUAUCACGGACAGGAACAACUGCUCCGCACUCCACAGGGCUGCCUCUGGCGGACAUCUACCUGUUAUACAGCUGCUGGUGGCCAAGGGCAUAGAGGUGGAUUCUCAGGACUCGCUGGGUCUCACGCCCCUGCACUACGCUGCCCGGAGAGGCCACGUAGAAGUUGUCAGCCAUCUCCUGGACAGGGGUGCACAGGUCAAUGCUGCCGGCUGGCUCCGCAAGACCCCUCUGCACCUUGCUGUGGAGUGUGACCACAGAACAACCAUAGAGCUUUUGCUAAGCCGAGGAGCCAACUCUACCUUGAGGACACAGUGGGGUGAAAUGGCCCAGACCCUAUAGGGUGCCUGCCCCAGGCACUGCCUGAUUUCCUUUACUAAACAAACUUCUUAAAAACUACAGAGAGAUGAGA